UCCCCCUCGCGCCCCCACGCGCGCCCGGCUGACGGAUCUUCUCCGUGUGCUCGAAAGGGGAUAUGCCAUUUGGACAUGUAACUGUCAGCACGGGAUCUGAGACUUCCAAAAAAUGAAGCUGGCGACGGGACUGUGCGUCUGGGUGAGCCUUCUGGUGGCGGCGGGGACCGUCCAGCCCAGCGCUUCUCAGUCAGUGUGCGCAGGAACAGAGAAUAAGCUGAGCUCUCUCUCCGACCUGGAGCAGCAGUAUCGAGCCCUGCGCAAGUACUAUGAGAACUGUGAGGUGGUCAUGGGCAACCUGGAGAUAACCAGCAUCGAGCACAACCGGGACCUCUCCUUUCUGCGGUCUAUCCGGGAAGUCACCGGCUACGUGUUAGUGGCUCUGAAUCAGUUCCGUUACCUGCCUCUGGAGAAUUUACGCAUUGUUCGCGGGACAAAACUUUAUGAGGAUCGCUAUGCCUUGGCAAUAUUUUUAAACUACAGAAAAGAUGGCAACUUUGGGCUUCAAGAACUUGGAUUGAAGAACUUGACAGAAAUCCUAAAUGGCGGCGUCUAUGUAGACCAGAACAAAUUUCUGUGUUACGCAGACACAAUUCAUUGGCAAGACAUUGUUCGGAACCCGUGGCCUUCCAACUUGACCCUGGUGUCGACCAAUGGUAGCUCAGGAUGUGGACGUUGCCACAAGUCCUGUACUGGCCGAUGCUGGGGACCCACAGAAAAUCAUUGCCAGACCUUGACAAGGACGGUGUGUGCAGAACAAUGUGAUGGCAGGUGCUAUGGACCCUACGUCAGUGACUGCUGUCAUCGAGAAUGUGCUGGAGGCUGCUCGGGACCUAAGGACACUGACUGCUUUGCCUGCAUGAAUUUCAAUGACAGUGGAGCUUGCGUUACUCAGUGUCCCCAAACGUUCGUCUACAAUCCAACCACCUUUCAAUUGGAGCAUAACUUCAAUGCAAAGUACACAUAUGGAGCAUUUUGUGUCAAGAAAUGCCCACAUAACUUUGUGGUCGAUUCCAGUUCUUGUGUGCGUGCCUGCCCGAGUUCCAAGAUGGAAGUGGAGGAAAAUGGGAUUAAAAUGUGUAAACCUUGCACUGAUAUUUGCCCCAAAGCUUGUGAUGGCAUUGGCACGGGAUCACUGAUGUCAGCUCAGACUGUGGAUUCCAGUAACAUCGACAAAUUCAUAAACUGCACCAAAAUCAAUGGGAAUUUGAUCUUUCUUGUCACUGGUAUUCAUGGGGACCCUUACAAUGCAAUUGAAGCCAUAGACCCAGAGAAACUGAAUGUUUUUCGGACAGUUCGAGAGAUAACAGGUUUCUUGAACAUACAAUCAUGGCCCCCAAACAUGACUGACUUCAGUGUAUUUUCUAACCUGGUGACCAUUGGUGGAAGAGUCCUCUAUAGUGGCCUCUCCUUGCUUAUCCUCAAGCAACAAGGCAUCACUUCCCUGCAGUUCCAGUCCCUGAAGGAAAUCAGUGCAGGAAACAUCUACAUUACUGACAACAGCAACCUGUGUUACUACCACACCAUCAACUGGACAACGCUCUUCAGCACCAUCAACCAAAGAAUAGUGAUCCGGGACAAUAGGAAGGCUGAGAACUGUACCGCUGAAGGAAUGGUGUGCAACCAUCUGUGUUCCAGCGACGGCUGUUGGGGACCUGGGCCAGACCAGUGCCUGUCCUGCCGUCGCUUCAGCAGGGGCAGGACCUGCAUCGACUCCUGUAACCUCUAUGAUGGUGAAUUUCGGGAGUUUGCGAAUGGCUCCAUCUGUGUGGAGUGUGACCCCCAGUGUGAGAAGAUGGAAGAUGGCAUCCUCACGUGCCAUGGACCGGGACCUGACAACUGUACAAAGUGCUCCCAUUUUAAGGAUGGCCCAAACUGUGUGGAAAAAUGUCCAGAUGGCUUACAGGGGGCAAACAGUUUCAUCUUUAAGUAUGCUGAUCAGGAUCGGGAGUGCCACCCAUGCCAUCCAAACUGCACACAAGGGUGUAGCGGUCCCACUAGUCAUGACUGCAUUUACUACCCUUGGACGGGCCAUUCCACCCUACCACAACAUGCUAGAACUCCUCUGAUUGCAGCGGGAGUCAUCGGCGGGCUCUUUAUCCUGGUCAUCAUGGGCCUGACGUUUGCAGUUUAUGUGAGAAGAAAGAGCAUCAAGAAGAAAAGAGCCUUGAGGAGAUUCCUGGAAACAGAGUUGGUAGAACCCUUAACUCCCAGUGGCACAGCGCCCAAUCAAGCUCAACUUCGUAUUUUGAAAGAAACUGAACUCAAAAGAGUAAAAGUCCUUGGCUCAGGUGCUUUUGGGACAGUGUAUAAAGGUAUUUGGGUACCUGAAGGAGAAACAGUGAAGAUUCCUGUGGCUAUUAAGAUUCUUAAUGAAACCACUGGUCCCAAAGCCAAUGUGGAAUUCAUGGAUGAAGCUCUGAUCAUGGCAAGCAUGGACCAUCCACACUUAGUCCGGUUACUGGGUGUGUGUCUGAGCCCAACCAUUCAGCUGGUGACCCAGCUUAUGCCCCAUGGCUGCCUGUUGGACUAUGUCCACGAACACAAGGAUAACAUUGGAUCACAGCUGCUGCUUAACUGGUGCGUCCAGAUAGCUAAGGGAAUGAUGUAUCUGGAAGAAAAGCGGCUUGUUCAUCGCGACUUGGCAGCCCGAAAUGUCUUAGUGAAAUCUCCAAACCACGUGAAAAUCACGGACUUUGGCCUAGCCAGACUCUUGGAAGGAGACGAAAAAGAGUAUAAUGCAGAUGGAGGAAAGAUGCCAAUUAAGUGGAUGGCUCUGGAGUGUAUACACUAUAGGAAAUUCACCCAUCAGAGCGACGUGUGGAGCUAUGGAGUCACCAUAUGGGAACUGAUGACAUUCGGAGGAAAACCCUACGACGGAAUCCCAACCCGAGAAAUCCCUGAUUUACUAGAGAAAGGAGAGCGUCUGCCGCAGCCUCCUAUCUGCACCAUUGACGUCUACAUGGUCAUGGUCAAAUGUUGGAUGAUUGAUGCUGACAGUAGACCCAAAUUUAAGGAACUGGCUGCUGAAUUUUCAAGGAUGGCUCGGGACCCUCAAAGAUACUUAGUUAUUCAGGGCGACGAUCGAAUGAAGCUCCCCAGUCCAAACGACAGCAAGUUCUUUCAGAAUCUCUUGGAUGAAGAAGAUUUAGAAGAUAUGAUGGAUGCUGAGGAAUACCUGGUCCCUCAGGCUUUCAACAUCCCACCGCCCAUCUACACUUCCAGAGCAAGAAUUGACUCCAACAGGAGUGAAAUUGGACACAGCCCUCCUCCCGCCUACACCCCCAUGUCAGGAAACCAGUUCGUGUACCGAGAUGGGGGUUUUGCAGCAGAGCAGGGUGUGCCUGUGCCCUACAGAGCUACGACCAGCACCAUCCCAGAAGCUCCAGUUGCUCAGGGGGCCACAGCUGAGAUUUUUGAUGACUCCUGCUGCAAUGGCACCCUCCGCAAGCCAGUGGCACCCCACGUCCAAGAGGACAGCAGCACCCAGAGGUACAGCGCCGACCCCACAGUGUUUGCCCCAGAAAGGAGCCCAAGAGGAGAGCUGGAUGAAGAAGGUUACAUGACCCCUAUGCGAGACAAACCCAAACAAGAAUACCUGAACCCUGUGGAGGAGAACCCUUUCGUUUCCCGGAGGAAAAACGGGGACCUUCAAGCUCUGGAUAACCCCGAGUACCACAGUGCCGCCCCCGGUGCCCCCAAGGUGGAGGAGGAGCACGGGAAGGAGCCCCUGUACCUCAACGCCUUCGCCCAGGCGGCGGGCAGCGCCGGGCUCCUGAGGGGCAGCGCCCUGCCCGCGGCCGGCCGGGCCAGGAGGGCCUUCGACAACCCCGACUACUGGAACCACAGCCUGCCGGCCCGGAGCAGCCUGCAGCACCCGGACUGCCGGCAGGAGUGCAGCACAAAGUACUUUUAUAAACAGAACGGACGGAUCCGGCCCCUCGUGGCAGAGAACCCCGAGUACCUCUCCGAGUUCUCGCUGAAGCCAGGCCCUGUAUUGCCCCCUCCACCCUACAGGCACCGAAACACUGUGGUCUGA